UGCACCCGUUUUUUAUAUUCGCGAUAUUUUUUCUGAUAUUCCUGUGGAUAUAUCAUCGUUGGAAUCAUCGCCGUUUAUUUACAUUGGCCAAAUCGGUCCCGGCAUAUAAAUCACAGCUGAUUUUGGGUUUUGGACCCGUAGUAACGCCAAAAUGUAUUAUCAGGAGAGGUGCUGAGAACUGUAAAAAGCUUGGGCAACAUUUUCUCUUCUACAUUGGACCAUUUCCCCAGUUUGUAACUGGUGAUCCGGAAAUUGUUAAGGAUAUUCUUACGUCGAGAUUAUGCGUCAACAAGGGUCCUCUAAACUAUGCCGGAAUGAAGAAUUCCAUGGGCAAAGGACUGCUGACUAUGCAAGGAAAAGAAUGGCAACAGCACAGAAAAUUAAUGGACACCGGUUUUAAAUUCUCGAAACAAAUUAAAUUUCUACCAAUUUUCCAUAGAAAGAUCCCGGCACUGUUUGCCCAAAUGGAUAAAUGUGGCCAAAUGAAGAAUUCAGAAGAAAUAUUGUUAUAUUGUCGUGAAUUUACAAUUAGCAAUACAACCGAAUCUUUGCUUGGCCGUGAUCUGGAUAAGUCGACAAUCAAUAUAAAGGACUAUUCACAUCUGAUAUCUCGGAUCAUGGAAUAUAUUUCCGAUAUCUCAUACAAAAUUAUUUAUCAAAACCCCUAUGUUCUAAAAUUGGCCCAUUCAACGAUAUUUAAGGAACAACGAAAAACAAUGGAUUUUAUGGGAAGCGAAGUGGUUGAGACAUUCAAAUACUACUCAGGAGAACUUGGAAAUGACCCACAUUAUGUAGAUGGCGUUGAUACGGUUGCCGAAAAUUUACUCGAUGCCCUAAAUCGAAAUGACAUUACACAGGAUCUUGCCAUCUCAAGUAUGAUACAUUUAUUCGGAGCGGGCUUUGAGACCACCUCAUCAACAUUGUAUUUCGUCAUGCUCAUGUUGGCCAUGCAUCCGGAGUAUCAGGAAAAAGCCUACGCCGAAAUCUGUGAAAUGUUUCCUGACAACGAUGAUGGCGAGUUCGAGAUGACCUAUGAACAUCUGGCGCAACUUUCCUAUUUGGAUAUGUUUAUAAAGGAGACAAUGCGUCUAUUUCCCACAGUCCCACAUUUUGGACGUCUUGUCGUGGGGGGAGAUCUAAAACUGAGUAAUGGUGUAAUAAUACCAGAAGGUCUGGAGUUAACGGUGAAUACUUAUAAUUUACAUCGUAACAAGGAUGUGUGGGGUCCCCGGGCGGAUAUCUUCGAUCCAGAUAAUUUCCUGCCAUCCAAAGUCGAAACAAGACAUCCAUAUGCAUUCAUACCAUUCUCCAAGGGAAUACGGUUUUGUAUCGGCAUGCGUUACGCCGAAAUGAAUUUGAAAUUUGCAAUGAGCAAAAUAAUUAAACGUUAUAAAUUCUCAACGACAGCCAAGAUGGAAGAUUUAGUUCUAUACAAUCACAUAUCAAUGCAAUUGGCCAAAUGUCCUCCACUUAAUGUGGAGAGGAGAAACAUUGCAAAAUAAUUUAAAGUAAAUGUUGUUGUUAAUCUUUGGUCAUUUAUUAAUCUCUCAUAUAUAUGUAAUAUUAAAAACAAUGUUUUUAUAUAAGUUUUUCGAUUAUUUCGUAUCGCUGAACCCAAUUUUUUUCUGUAUAACAU